AUAAAUAGAAUAUUACUGUAUUUAAUCUCGGAAUAGAAAACACGUUCCAACGUGUCGCACUUGCAGUGACACUGAACAUCGACCCUUGCGAACAGGCAUCGAACAAAUACUGUAUGAUUACAAGCAGCUAUUUCUGAUGGAAUUGUAGUCUGGAUGGAAUCUUUCSUCUAAAACUUACAAAAUGUAAAAUACAAUUUUUCCUUAUGCGCAAUGCAUUCUGGGUGCGGCAAAACAAUCAGCAAUGAGAUAGGUAACUCGGGAUUUCUUAUUUUGACAAUGUAACAAUGGCCGAGUACCAAGCCAGAUAACUGCUGUUCAAGGCGAUCAAAAUACCGUUAUCAACGACGGGAUACGUGCAACUUGAUUCGACUUUUUCACUGUCGUAUUUAGCUUAAAUUCUAUUAGUUUUAGAACUUUGCGUGAACCAUAGAAUCUUUAGGUAUAGUCACGAAAGGACAGGAAGGCAUUUUUUUUGCACGCGAAAUGUCCUUGAAGUGAAGUCAASCACAAUAUGGAGCAAUAUAAGAGAAUCUAAGUGUGCCAUACAGUCUCGCGACCUUACGUGCGUCCAAUGAUGGUCAUGCAGCAAUAGCAGGUUUAACAGUUCACUGAUUACUUUAACGCAAGAUUAAAAGUUAUGAACUUUGAAAAGUUUUCAUUAAGGAUUGAUUUGAAGUUGAGGAAUGCGCAUUUUGUAUUUUUUGCCUCGAGGCAUUUUCAAAAGUCGUGUGUCAGAUCAUGGCUCUUGGAUUUUGGUACGAAACAAUAGUAUCUCUAAUCAGGUGAGUCUUGCAUUGUUUUAUCCAUUCGAACUAGAAAAUCAAAGCAAACAUUUCAAACAUGAUCUAUAGCACGACAUAAAACAGGCACGUUCUCAUUUCUUUGAUUUUUGAGCAGUUUUUGYACUGGAAAGAUGUUUUGAAACGUGAGCCAAAAUCUACACUGAACUUCGGUAAUUGCAUAGCUUUCCAUGUUGAGACGUCGCAUUACCCCUGAGCAAAAGACCUAGUAAGCUUAAAUUUACGUUAUAUAGUAAAUUYAAACCCUCUUUAGUCGCAUUAAUAWUGAAAAAUAAGUCAUUGUUUCUUGUAUCGUGCUGUGCCAAAUAAGUCAUGACAAAACAACAUCGUUUAUGAAUAUAUUAUAGACCGACACACGARCGAGGCUAGUGGGUCCUAUUGACGUGAUCUAUCCAAACUGUACAUAAAUCACGCAAUUGUCAAAUGGUCCACGAACAGUAUCAAUCUAUCAAGUGUUUAUAACWCUAGUUAYGAGUUGCAAUGGAAAUUUGAUAAUAAUAACAGAAAAUAUUUGGUGCAGCAAUCAAACUGAGAAUAAAGACAAGAGUUUUAUGAAGAGAAACAACAUUAAAAUACAUUUCUUUUAAAAAAGGAGCAAUCAAAACCUCAUCAAGUUUGUCAAAGCAUCAAAAAGUUUGCCAAAGUUUCAAAGUUUAUGCAGAUUGUGUAAACACUGCGGCUUAUAUACACAUAAACACACAGCUCAUGGCAGACUCAGUCAAGGAGAAAAAUAUGCCAACCAUCUCAUCAAACGUAUACGGUGGCUUACAGAAAUGGGUUAAUCGAGCUAGCGUCUCCCUACGCGGUCGUCGAAGAAGCAGGAAUAAUUCCGACGCCYCAGUUUUGACAAGAAAUCAACAAAACUAUUUGGAAAACAUGACUUCAAAACCGAGCAAGAUAGUUCCUGUACAUGGGAGAUCAAGAAGCACWCCGGUAGAYAUGCCAGAGGACUCGUCAACUUUUGAAACUUUUCCUCAGAAAAUACCUCAAGUUAUUAAAAUGAAAAAUUCRGAACGACGAAGGAAAUAUUCAUCGGAGAACAGUGAUGACAGCUCGUCAAGAGGCUCUCUCCACGAAGCUAAAGACAUGUCUGCAUUGAAUAGAAGACUAUCGAACAAUCUCAGCAAGUCUGAGAGUAGUCUACUGGAUGGAACUCGCUAUUCAAGACGUUCAAAGUCCCUUCCAAAGCCAAGCUUUGGUCGCCGGAAAAGCAGUUUAGGCCAAGCUCGUAAUACAGACAGUAAUUGGUCAGAAUUGGAUAUUAAAGGUCAUAAUAAGAACUCACAAAGCUCCCAAAGUUUAGAUAAAACAAAUAAGAAAGACAAACGUCAUUCAGGUGAGCACAAAGCGAACUCUAUUGGAAUAAACAAAUCUGAAAAACCUUCGACAAUUAUCACUUCAAAGAACAUACAUACCCGUUUGGACAUGUGGCUGGAAAAAACUAACGAUUUCAAAGAUUCCAGGCAAAGUAGUUUCGAAUCGACAAGCUCAAGCGAUGAACUUUUCURCGAAUCUAAAGCWCGACCCGAUGAGACAAAACACUUUCGAGAUUUGCAAACAGCUCUUGAUGAGCUUGUUUCAAGCUGCGGCAAAGGAAACAUGGAAAAUAAAGAUCAUUAURCAACUCAACGGAAGAUCUCUCUCAAGAACACUGGUCCUAUGUUUAACAAAACUGUCGACAUUGAUCAUAGUUUACAAGACGAGCGAAAGACUACAUACAGAACAGAAAAAGGUGGAUCAUCAAGCGACAGCGGUCUGUCUAAAGAAACCCAUCUCGAUGAUGACAAYGAGGAGAAAUACAGCAUGGAAGAGAGAUGYGAUUUGGAAAGCAGCUAUGACAGUGUGGAUGGUUUUACUGAUGGACAUGACAGAUGUAAAGAUGUUCCUUCUUGUAAAGACUSUGUAAGUGAUAUUGGACCAAACAUGGAUACCACGCGUGCCACGAAUAUUAGAGAUGAUCAUGGAGCGUGCAAYACUACAAAAGAURCAUCAAGUCUUUCCGUAAUAAAUGGACCAACAAARAWACGCCAGGCUCCAAAAACUCCCAAAGAAAAUAUCAACAUUGACAAUAAAGAAAACCUUUUGCGAAUGRCUGAUGAGUCAAUCAAGAAUUCUCCUGCAACUAUCCCAUUGUCUCACAGUACAGAGAAGGUGUCUAAAAAUCCUCAAACUGUAGURUUUGACGAMGACUUGGAGGCUUUCGCACUGAAGUGUGUUGAGGCAAGCAAGUCUCUUGAAAGGGAUGAGAAGACAAGCAAAAGUGACAGUGAUGAUGAGAAGAAAACGGCAUUAGAUCUAGAUUAUGUAUAUAUACCAAAGAAAACUGUCAAAUCUCGAACUCAUCCUGAAACUACUUCUCAUAAAGUGAGCUUGCCUUCAAAUGCUUUUUCRGACGAUGAGGUCUACACUUCGAAGAGUGAGGUACAAUCUUCGUACCCCAAAAGAAAUUCCCAGGACAGUCUCGAUGGGCUUGUUUUAUUCGAAUUGCCAGCUAAAGAUAUUGACUUUGAUAACAACGAAAGMAAAUAUAAUUCUUCUAAUGAAACUGACAAUACUAGAGAAACAUUGAAAGUGGAUAAUGGUGGAUACAGUCUGCGAAAGUUUCCUUCUAUGCCCUUAUUUUAUGUKCCUAAUGAUGGCACUAGAAAGUCCCGUGGSAAAUCGUUAUGGAAAAAACUUAAARGUCUGCCUCGCUCGACAGACACUCGCGUACCAUCGCCAACCAUACAAAAGACAGAACAUUCACAACCCAUUCAACCAACUGACCCAUUUUACCAUGGUGAAGACGAUCAGGAAUUAGGUCCAAAAAUGAGACCCAAGUCCAAUACAAUGGCUAAUGGAGAGGCGAAAAAACGCAAUCGUCGAAGGCGUUUAUCGCUAGAAGUGAGAAAGAGUGAUCCAGGUUCCAGUAAUUYACCCUCAGAAAACACAAAGACUGAUAUGCAUGUCAUGUAUGAUGCAGCACAAAAACCAAUGGAAUCACAGUGUUAAAAUGCGGAACUUAUGUUUUACGAACAACAUCGAAUAUUAUACCAAUGUUCGUAUUGCUGAACAACCUUGGUUAUCCGGCCAUGAAAGCUAUCAGGCCAUGUUGAAACAUCGAAGACUCAAAAACAACGUGUGCAUGACACCAACAUCUUGCUAUAAUGUGACCAGUCAAGUCUAUUAAUGUACAAACAUCAAAAGGUACAAAACCAGUGUUUGUACGAGAUGAUUAUAUAACUUUACUCUCGCGACCGCGRUCAAGCUAUAUACAAACAUCGAAGGUACGAAGCCAAUGUUUGUAUAAAUAAAAACCCUUACAAUGCGACCACUGCAUGCGAACAAUAAUCAGAGAAAGUGAAUUAAUGAGGGUAAACUAUCCAAAUCUCACGUGGGACAUCAAAGGCAAUGGUCCAAUGCCCCAAGGAAUAGACAUUCAAAAAUGACAUAAACUUGUUCUACUGUUCCAAGCAAAGAGAAAGAACUAAAGUGGCUACAUGGUAUUGCACUCAAUGAGCUGAACAAAUUGCGCUAGUGAGCAAUAUUUUCAUUAUAAGUGUUAUAUAGCCUAGUAACAGUUUUCCGAACCAAAUAUAUAUUACGUAUUUGAGUCAAAUCCCUCCUUUUAACGGGAAAUCCUCCGUGUAUAGGCCAUCUAGGGUAGCUAAAAGUUUUCACAAAUCUUCUAUGGAAUCAAAUAUUAUAUUGAUCACUGCCAAGCCACGCUACAUGUUAUAGUUUUUUCACCUUUUUGAAUUUUCCGMAGMGAUUUGAAGUGGCCAAUCUAUAUAUUUAUCAAGUUUGAAUCAAACGUCAAAGUCGCAUAUGUUGUGCAAUGCACUUAGAUAGCAGAUAACCUCGUUCACAGGCUCUUAUCACUAAGUUUGCGGUCUUGUCCCGCGUGAUGAAUUGGGAACUAGAUAUGCCAGUAUGUAUAUAUACUAUAUCAAAGAAUAUAUGGAGAUCUCCUGUUCAAGACAGGAAAAAUCUCCAUAAACCAACCACUUAUUUGAACUCCCCUAAAGCGACCUCCUUGCUUAUGUUAUUGCUGGCGUACCUUUCUAAAUCGACCAUCAUCUAAUCUGCUGGCACUUUGGAUGGUCAGUGUGAAUAUUACAAACAGAUAUAUUUUAUUACAGUAUAAAUAGUUUUGUGGAUCUAAGCUGAGUAUUUGUAAAUCAAAACUGACUUGUAAUAAGUGAUCACCAGUGUAUAUACAAUAAAUAGAAUUUCUCAAAAA